AUGCUGUGGGCCCCAGAACUGAUGCUGACGCUUCUUCCUUUCGCUGCAUACAACACGGCAUCCCCAAUAUCGAGGGCAAGAGACAAAUUCGACUGGUCAUCCCAAAGGGCACUAAUUGCAUUUGGGGACUCCUACACCUACGUCCAAGGAACCCAUGGGCUCCAGAAUUACAGCUUCAUUGGCGAUCAAUUGAAUUUUGCAUACGACGCACAAACUCUGCUCUCGAACAAGAUUGUGCAAAAUCAAACCGCAUCCGCAGAAGGAGGCCCAAACUGGGUCGAGUACCUUACAAAAUGCGGCCUUCAACCAGGCCUGACGUCGCCGAAACACUGCAAAAAGCAGCUCUGGGACUUCGCUUUUGCCGGGGCAGACAUUUCAACAGAAUACACACCUCUCCACCACAACUUCACCGUCUCCCUCGUGAACCAAAUAACACAAUUCAAGUCCUACGCCGCUCCAGUGCUCCAGCAGUUCCUGCCACCCUCGCAAUCCCUAGUCGCAGUCUGGAUUGGCAUCAACGACGUCGGCGAUAGUUCAAAGUACGCCGUCGACUUCCCAACCUUCUAUGCUAACCUUACGCGCACACUGUUCACCUCCGUAAACGAGCUGUACGAUCUAGGCUAUAGAUCCUUCCUAGUCAUGAACCUGCCGCCGCUGGACCGGACACCAGGAAAUCAGGCGACGAGCACACCGCAUCCCAAUGCGACGCAGGUGGCGUGGUAUAACGAUGCGCUGGCGGAGAAGGCAGAGCUGUUUAGACGGGUGAAGGGUGAUGUAGAAGUGCGAGUGUUUGAUGCGCAUGCGAGGCUGAGCGCGAUGCUAGACGAGCCGGGCGAGUAUGGGAUUGUGAACACGACGAACUUCUGCGCCGGGUACGAUCAGCCUGACAUUGAGACAAAUUACCGCGCAUACGGAUGUCCGACGCCGCUGGAGACGUAUUUCUGGUUUAAUUCGGGGCAUAUGACGAGCCAUGUGCAUCGUAUACUGGCUGCGGAGCUGGAGGAUUGGUUGCAGGGGUAG